AUGUCAGGACAAGAUAACAUUGAUCAAUCAUUAUUAAUAGCAGCUACCACACUAGGAGCUCUGGCAUUACUUAGUUGUUUGUCACUUUUCUGUUAUAUGUUAUUAUGUUCAACUAUGUGUAAACGAUGGCGAGAAAGAAAUGACGAAGAAAAACAAGUCAACAAACUUAAAAGAAAAUAUUUAUUAUCAGAACAAUCAACAUCGUGUCCCUCUGAGAGUAUUGCACAUAACGACGAUACAAAGUUGUCGAAUUCAAACUGGAAAAAUGUCAACCGAUUAAGAUUACCAUCUUUGAUUCGUGAUAGUUUAGGAUCUGUAACAAGGACUCUUAAUAACCGGUUAGAAUUAGCAUCAACAACUGCUGCAAUUCGUGCCCCAGUCAGUAGUUAUGUUGUCUAUAAUAUAACUGAUGAUAAAAGGAGCUCAUAUAGCCGAUUCAGCAGUACUGGAAGUGAACCAAUAUUUAGUCAUUUUCAUCCAAGAACAAGAACAUCGACAAUAGCCACCGAUAACCGAACAAAACGACAAGAUGUGCCGAUUGUCAGUGAAAAGAAACAGAUAAAUGAUGAUCAUACAUCUAGUUUAAACGACAUACACAAACCGUUACCAGAGAUAACUGAUUUUCUAUCAGAUGUAAUCAAUGUAGCUGAUGUUUGUUCAAUAUCAGAGACAAAUGCGAGACAACUUAACUCUGGUCGUAUUAGUGUUACAAGAGUGAAAAGGAAAUAUGUGCUUGAAGAAGGAAAAAAACAGAUCAAUAUUUAG